CACACGGACUUGUUUUGAAAGCGCACCGAAAAGCCCGGGGUUGGAGAAGCAUGGAAAGAAAUAAGGGCAGACGACCGAGCAAGUUAAAUGUCCUUUCCAGAUAACUAAUGUGGAGGAGCUUGCUGCUAAGGGGCACCACCUGUCUCUUGCAGGUGGCAGCCCCAAGAUGUCUGCACCAAAGACACUUCCCACCCCUUUCCUGUGUGAGACUUCUUACCCAGAGGCUCCUUCAUAGGCCUCCAAAGCUUCUUGGUAAAGGCUACUUCCUGGCACACAGUGGAACCAGGGCUUAUAAGAAGGAUGCCAAGUCUACUGUAGAAUUUCCUACAAGCCCUUUCACAAUCACAGACAUAAAACACUAUCUGCGUUCCAAAGAGAUUCUCUUCCACGAUGGCUACAGCUGCCUCCACAUCCCGAGUAUCUUUAUCAAUCCGUCCGCCAGGAGAGACACCUUUUCCUUGUUUAUCGACAAAACCACCGGGCAGUUUCUGUGUAAAGAAACGCUGGUGGAAGGGAGCUGGGAGGAUCUCCAGGACUGCCUGGAGGUGAUGCAGAAAGAGGAGCAGGAUUUCCUUAGCCCACAUGUGCUGCUGGGAUACCCAGAGAGCAUGGAGGAGCAGGAGGAGAGGGAGAGCGAGCUGAGGGAGGUGCAGAGGAUCUGGUCCAGCUCUGUGCCCCUCACUGACGUCCCUGAGGAAGAGGCUCUGCUGAUUAAAACCAUGUUCCAGAUCUCAAAGGUAUCGAAUGCAACACUCAAGAAGUUUGGCGUGAGACUAUUUAAACCCACCAAGAGUCUGGUUUUCCCAUGGUUUGGUGGCCCGGACUCCUCCCUUAAGGGCGUGAAGCUCCUCUCCGCCCAAAGCACAGACAAUAACAAAGUCAUUUAUAAUGAAGCUACAGUCCCAAGAUGUAAUUCUUACUACAGCCUGUUCGGCCUCCCCCUGGUGGGCCGCCUGGACUCUGAGGUGGUGCUGACCGGUUCUGAACUGGACACUCUGGCUGUGAGCCAGGCCACAGGACUCCCCAGUGUGGCUCUUCCACGUGGGGACAGCUGCCUCCCACCGAUCCUGCUGCCUUACCUGGAACAGUUCAAGCGAGUGACGCUGUGGCUGGGAGCCGACAUUCGCUCCUGGGAGGCAUCAAAGAUCUACUCGCGUAAGCUGGGUCUGAAGCGCUGCUCGCUGGUGCGGCCCGGGGAGUGCCGGCCCUGUCCCGUGGAGGCACUAGCUAAGGGGAAAAACUUGGGACACAUCAUCAAAUCCUCCAUACCAGCAGCACAUAAGUCCAUCGUAUCCUUCAAGCAGCUUAGAGAGGACGUGUACGGGGAGCUGGUGAACACAGAGCAGGUGGCCGGAGUGAAGUGGGCGAGGUUUCCAGAGCUCAACAGGAUCCUGAAGGGACACCGCAAGGGGGAGCUGACUGUUUUCACAGGUCCCACUGGAAGUGGAAAGACCACCUUUAUCAGCGAGGUCGCUCUGGACCUCUGCAUGCAGGGCGUCAACACGCUAUGGGGCAGCUUUGAGAUCAACAACGUGCGUCUGGCGAAAGUCAUGCUGACUCAGUUUGCCAUGCAGAGGCUGGAGGACAACCUGGAGCAGUACGACUUCUGGGCAGACAAGUUUGAAGAGCUGCCUCUCUACUUUAUGACUUUCCACGGGCAGCAAAACAUUAAGGCAGUGCUGGACACAAUGCAACAUGCUGUCUACCUGUAUGAUAUCAACCACAUCAUCAUCGACAACCUGCAGUUCAUGAUGGGGCUGGAAAACCUCUCAGUAGACAAGUUUGCGGUCCAGGACCACAUUAUUGGAGCCUUCAGGAAGUUUGCCACCAACAGCAGCUGCCACGUUACUCUGGUUAUCCACCCGAGGAAAGAGGAGGACGACCGGGAACUGCAGACAGCAUCCAUCUUUGGAUCAGCCAAGGCCAGCCAAGAAGCCGACAACGUCCUGAUCCUGCAGGAGAAGAAGCUGGUGACGUGUCCCGGCAGGAGGUCCCUGCAGGUGACCAAGAACCGCUUCGACGGAGACGUGGGCAUCUUCCCUCUGGACUUCCUCAAGCCUUCGCUGACUUUCGCAACUCCCAUCAAAGGCAAGCACAAACUGAGGAAGGUGGCCAGCAAGAUGGAAAACGAGGAAGGCGAGGGGAAGGAUGUUGAGAUAAAGAAGGUAGAAGUUACAAAAGAGAAAGCAGCCAAAACGGCAAAGACUCCACGAAAUGUUAACAAUUCUGCGACCAGAAAAGAAAGCGUGCAGAAGUAACACUCAUAAUAUAACUUACAAGGCUGAAUAGAUUACUGGGAUUGAUAAAGUUAAACUUAGCUGAAUAGUAAGUAUGUUGGAGCAAUGCAGAAUUAGCUCUGAUUGUAAUUCACAAUUAAACAAACAGCUAAUAGUAAUACCGAAAAGAUGCUGUAUAUAUAUUCCAUUAUGGAGCAAAGGAUGAAGUAUGUUCUGAGCAGAAUGUGAAACAAUGAUGGUAAAGUGGUGGUAAAUGAUAAGCUUUAUAAGUACUACUGUAUAUUAAGACAAAGUUCGCUGUUUAAAGUGUUGAUGAAAUACAUCUCAACUCGUUCAAUUUCAUAAAAAAUGCAGUCAAACCAAGUUUUCAUGGUAAUGUCCAGUAUUUCACGGUAGAACACCCUCACACUGUCUGCUUGCUAGCCUGAAACAUGGACUUGCACAUUGCCUUAGUGUGAUCUCUACUGACAUUUUGUACAGGGAUGAUUUAUUGAAUGAGCUACUUUUUUUAAAUAAAAUGCUUGUCA